AUGUUGGUUCUCUCAACUUUACACACUCUUCUAUCGCAGGUCAUAACACCAUCGACUGGGUUGCACACAGCCAUUCUUUCGACACCUGCAGGGCAACUUGUUUGCUAUGCUUCGGAUGCGGGAAGGCCCAAGGACGAAAUCCGAGUAAUCGUUGGCCUAAGUGGAGAAGUUUGGCAAGAAACUCUAAGUCUGGGUUCCGAAGAUAUAAGAUCAAAAACUGGUAUGGUCAGCAGCGAGUUGGGGCGCAUUCUAGUACUUCCCGUAGACGUUGACGAGCCACGGGCCCCCAAACCCUCACCGCAACCGCUCACACCCACCGCCCAGACCCCCACUCCGACUACUUCAAUACCAACCGCGACGCGGAACGGAUCCUCCGAUUCGAAGAUUCAAACGCAGGAGUAUACCCCGUUGAUGUUGCUCACACUGAGCUCGACAGAAGAGGUAGAAUGGGAGGAAUUACAGAUGAAGGGAAAGGCUCUCGCCUCUCAUAUUGCAAAACCUCUUAGCAAAUACCGCGAACACCUUCAACAACUCUCGACCCCGACAACCAUGGCUAAAACACCUCCUGCAAAUUCCAGUGCGUCUGGGAAUAACUCGGUUGCGGUGCGCUAG